AUGCACGAGUUCGCCGAGGGUCGAUCGACGCGGGCGGGUGGCGCAACGUCGACGAACGUGCGCGCGGUCGUCCUUACGCGGAGGCCGCACGCCGCUAAUGGGACCAUCAACGCAGACGAAAUGGUUGAGCUCUCCUUCGAUCGGCAGCAUCGCCAAUUAGGUACGUUCCAGCACCACUUCUAUACGGCUCCAGCUAAGCUUGGGCACUUCAAGUACGAACACUGGUCCCGCUAUUCCCUUAUGGAGUUUUCUAAAACUUACUACGUCAUCAAAUACCAG